CGUGGGAGUAACUAGGAAGUGCCUCGGGUAACUAAGGAAACCCGGGAGAUUGAAUUAAGGUCUAUGGCUCUGCCCACAUUAUCGGCUCAUGUGCCCAUACGGUCCCGGGCCCUGGCCGAGCAGCUGGCCCGACAGCGGGAGCAUGAGGCCCGGUGUCGGCAGCAGUGGGAGCAGCAUGCUCAGUACUUCAGAGAGCAGAGCGCCCGCAGCCAGAGACAGGCGGCGUGGAGCUCCCGUCACUCCUACCAGCGGAGUAUGUCAGCAUACCACAAACAGAGACUGAAAGAGGAGAAGAAGGCCAACCUGGAGCACCGCAGGGAUCGACUCAGGACCAUGCUUCAAGAAGAGCGAGACCGUCUGGAGGCAGAGCUCCGGGAAAUAGUACCUGACAGGAGCACACUGACAAGUCAGCUGGUACAGAAAACAGAUGAGCUUCGUAAGGCAAGAGAGGAAAGACAAAAAAAGGUUGCACAAGAACUGCUUAGGGAGCACUGGAAGAGAAACAACCCAGACCUGCGAGAGGUCGAGUCAGCAUUACAUAAAGAUCAUGUUGUCAGCCAAUGGCAGGAGCAGACAUCUGAGAAGAGAGAGAAAGCAGCGGCAGAACAGGAGGAGAAGAGACGUUUUGAAAAUGAGUACGAGAGGACCCGGAAAGAGGCUCUGGAGAGGAUUAAACAAGCAGAGGAGAAGAAGAAAGCGGAGGAGCGCAAGAGAGCAGAGGAACUCCGCAACCAGAUGGAAGAACUGAAACUAAGAGAGGAAGAGGCCACUCGUCUAAAAAAGGAGCAAGAGGCUCUGCUUGUCCAGCAGUGGGAGCUGGAGAAAAUAGAGGAGGAGAGGAAGAUGUUGGAGGAAAGGCGAAAGAAAUCGGAGAUGGGGCGUUUCCUGAUCCGCCAAUAUCGAGCACAGCUGAAGAGGAGGGCUCAGCAAGUGCAGGAGACACUGGAGGCUGACCGUAAGAUCCUGGCAGCCAUGCUGGAAGGAGAGGAGGAGGACAGGAGGAUGGAGACGGCGCGAAGGGAAAGAGCCGUCGCCGAUGCUGCCUGGAUGAAACGCGUGAUCGAAGAGCAGCUUCAGUUGGAGCGUGAAAGGGAGGCAGAGUUUGACAACCUACACAGAGAAGAAGCUCAGCAUGUGUGGGAAAAACGAGAAGCUCAGUGGGAGAGGGAGAGGAAAGCCAGAGAACGGCUCAUGCAUGAGGUGCUUGUGGGGAGACAGCAGCAGCUGGAGCAGAAGAUGCAGAGGAACCGCGAAGCUCAGGAGGAAUCCUUGAAGAGACGAGAAGAACUGAUCCAGGAGCUGGAGCUGGAGAGAGAAAUGAGACGCCAGGAGAAGGAGCAAGAAGAGGGUCGGAGGACAGCACGGAUGCAAGAGAUAACCGCUCAGGUGGAGCAGCAACGCCAAGAGCAGUGGGAGGAGCAGUGCAGGAUCGAGCAGGAGGAAGAGGAGGACAGGGAGGCUCAUCGAGUCGAAGAGGAGGAGCUGAGGCGUGAGAUUCAGAGGAUGGCAAAGAAGGGAUACCAAGAGAAGAUUCACAGCAGGCCACGAUCAGCCUGGACAUGAGGAACCACUGCAUCGUGAGACGUAUGAUUUUCUCUGUCUUUAAAGAUACUUUAAAUCUGUAGCUCUAAAGGUCACAUUGUCUUAAAAUAAUCACCGCAGGCCCAUAUGUGUGUCAUGAGUUAGUUUGUCACUGUCUGCCAACGCUGGCCAAAAUCCUCAUAUGAAAUAUUUUUUUAGUAAAAAAAAAAAAAUCUAGAAUAAAUUUUGCACAGCUAUAUUCACCAUUUUAAUAUAUUGAAUACAAAUUGUGAACCUGUUCUUCUGUGCCUUUAAAAAAAGGGGAUUCCUUGUAGGUCAUGUAGGCCAUAUUUUGUGCCAUCUUGAUGUUAAUUUGAUACUGGUUGAUUGCAUGUAUAUACUGUAGAAGAAGUCAUGUUGUUUUUUUUGCACUAGAACUGUUCAAUGAAUAUAUAUUUUUUAUUCAGUAGAAUGUUUCAAAUAAAAAUAUUGUGAAUCA